AAGUACUUAUUAAACCCGCGUCACGCCAAGCCACACUGGCAUCGCAGCCGUGCAUCGUCCCCAUGAAUCCCGGGAACAUCGUUAAAACCAUCUCUUGACUAGGGAUUACGGAAGACGGCAGUACAGACGAGAAACACUUUGCAAAUUGGCGACACAGGGAAACAAGAAACAAGAAACAAGAAACAAGAGCAAGAUAAUCACAAGAAACGGGAGCCCGAGCUUAUCAGGAACCCCUUCCCUCCUUCCGUCUCUGGUUGGUCCACAAGGCUGCACCGUUUGCCUGGAGUGAUCAACACAACCUGCAGCCACGCGAACUGUCACGUUCAACCUCACACACAGACACACACACCAACACCUCUCUCACUCUCUCAGGAGUGGUCGAUCGUCAUUCCUUUGACUUGGAGCUGGCGUUGGGGGUUUUUACUCCAGACUUUCCUUGACUCUCUGCGGCUUCUCAUUUCGAUUCUUUUCUUGCACCAUCAUCUCCAACCUCAAUUAUCGACUCGACGAGCUCGAGAAACUCACUUGAGGACUGGCCACGAUGGAGGCUCCAACCUCCGAACCAGCCGGCAACCCCAAUGGCACUGGGAACACCCAAAAUCUCACGGUUCCUGUGAUGCAAGAGAACACCAAUGGAUCUGUUCCAGCACCCACCUCGACCAUAUCAAAUGGCAUCAGCGCAGAUGAAAUCGCCCUCUACGACCGACAAAUCCGCCUCUGGGGUCUCAAAGCCCAAGAAUCCAUCCGCAACGCCAACAUCCUCCUCAUAACAAUGAAAGCCCUCGCCAACGAAAUCGCCAAAAACCUCGUCCUAGCCGGCAUCAACUCCCUGACCCUCUGCGACCACUCCCCUGUCCUACCCUCCGACCUCACCUCCCAAUUCUUCCUCCCCUCUGACCGCUCCCCAGUCGGCACCAACCGCGCCAUCGCCGCCUCAACCAACAUCCAACGCCUUAACCCCCGCGUUAGUAUUAACAUCGACACCCUCGACAUCCGCCUCAAACCCCCUUCCUACUUCUCCGCCUUUGACAUCAUCAUCGCCACUGACCUCGACGCUCCCACCCUAAACCUAAUCAACACAGCCACCCGCCUCAACAACCGCAAAUUCUACGCGGCCGGCUCUCACGGGAUGUACGGGUUCUUGUUCUCGGACCUCAUCGAGCACGACUUCAUCAUCUCAAGAUCCAUCUCCAACGUCCCCACCGUGGUAGGACCGGAAUCCCCCACAAGAUCAAUCAUCUCCUCCAGCCCCGACCCCAACGACCCCAAAGUCGAAAACGUCACAAAACGAGAACUCUUUUCAACAUGGCUACUGGCUAGUUCCUCCCCCCUCCCAGCGGAAAUUCUCAAAUCCCCCCGCCGCAAAAAAGUGGUCACCCCUAUUUUGUCUUGUCUGCGAGGGCUCUGGGAGUUUGAAUCGCAGUUUGGCAUUCGGCCCAACCCGAAUGAUAAGGCGCAACUGGCGCAGUUUACGAUUUUGUGCGGGGAGCAGCACAAGGCGCUUGGGCUGCCGGCUGAGACGCUGAGGAGCGAGACGUUGAGGGCAUUUUUGCAGAAUAUUGGGGGGGAGGUCUCGCCUGUGGCGGCGGUGUUGGGGGGGCAGCUGGCGCAGGAUGUGAUUAAUGUGCUUGGGAGGACGCAGCAGCCGAUUCAGAACUUUGUGGUGUUUGAUGGGGAGAGGUCGGAGGCGGGGGUGUAUGCGUUACAUCCGACCGAGGGGGAGUUGGGGAGGGGGUUGUUGCCUAUUAGUGGGGGGCAGCAACAGCAACAGCAACAGCAGCAGCAGCAGAUGGGGAGUGAGGAGGUUAUUGAUUUGAAUUGAGAGGAGGGGGGAAGUGCGGUGUGUUGUUGAAGAUGAUCUGGUGGGAAGGACAUUCUUGGUGAUAGUUGCGAAAGUGACAAUGGCUGAGAUGUUGUGGAUCUUUUUCUCGGUUGGCUUGAGAUAUAGCUGCAGAAGUGAUAAUAGGUGGAUCAUCGCGGUGAUUUGGAAGUGAGACACGAGUGGAUAGGGAUGUUUUACAUACUUCGGGUGCAAAUUCGUUCUUCGGAUAACUUUCAUACAGUCUAGUGUAGGCGGUUGACCUCUAUCAUUUGAGAGUCACCAUGCCUUCGAAAGCAAACAGCAGAAAUAUCAAGAUAAUUACCACAGCUUUAUUCAUCUUUGGCCGUGUCUGCAUUCUCAUUACAUAGGUAC